AUAAGUCAAUUGUCAAUUCAAAACCGUGAUUGAUUCUUGAGCGCGUUGAUAUUUUUGCUAGAGGUUUCGAUUUUUUUCAUUCAAGUUACAUCGUUAACACAAGCUCUAAAACUAUAAACUCUACUAAAGGCAAGUUUCUCAGAUCUAAAGCGAAGAUUUAAAUACUCUUUCUCCGACACUAGUUUUAGUUGAUCAAGUAAAAAUGUCUCUUUUUGGAUCUUUGAUGGCCGACGUGGAGGACGAUCCUUUCUUUGGAUCUCACAUGCGGCACAUUCGUCAAAUGAGCAACAUGAUGAACUCAAUGUUUUCGGAUCCAUUUGGCAUGCUUGGUGAUAAUCGCCUAUCCAUCAUGGGACCUCCACAUGGCAGUUCUCUUAUGCCUUUUAUGCCCCAAAUGCCUUCAGUUAACAGAUUAUUCUCAGCAAAUAUGGCAAACGCCGCCAUGGGAGCCGGCAGCUCAUUUAGCAGCAGCACUGUUGUCAUGUCAAGUGGACCUCAUGGUAAACCACAGGUAUACAGUGCAUCUAGCAGCACUAAGAUUGGACCAAACGGAGUGAAGGAAACGCGCAGUACGCUUCAAGACUCACGCACUGGUGUCAAGAAGAUGUCUAUUGGCCACCAUAUUGGGCAAAGAGCCCACGUGGUAGAGAGGGAACAGAACUAUUACUCAGGGGAUGCUGAAGAGAGGCAGGAGUACAUUAACCUUGAGGAGGAAGAAGCCGAAGAGUUUGACAGGGAGUUCCAAGAGCGAGCCGGCAUGAUGUCCCGCUCUCGUCCGGCCAUUGCCCCCGCCCCAAGGCGUGAACCAAGGCACGAGCCAAGACUGGCGCUGCCGGCGCCGCCUGCUGCCUCGCCCACCGCCGAGACCCGUCGUCACCGUCCUACAGCGAGGAGACCAAUCAGAACUUCCGCCAGCCCACUCACUCUACCGUCAAGAUACUGGCGGAGGCGUUCCUACUUAUCCUAAUCUGUCCGCGAGGUCUACGGUGGCUCCCAUCCGCAGAGACACAGACAACACAAACACCACAAAACACACUCACACAGACACACAUCUGACAAUUAAACAACGACAAUGGCCUUGACACUUGACUCAAUACUUUGACAAUUCUUACUAUUCAAACCAUAAUUUGACAUUUACUUUUAAAUCUUUUUUGUCUUUUACUUUUUUACCUACGUGCAGUCGUCAUUUUUUCUGACAUUAGAAAAUUCCUUACGUCACAAAAAUAUAUGUCUUGAGUGGAUAUUUUUCAUUUUUCAAAGGUAUGUCCUUAUUAUUUGUUGAGUCAUAUUAAAUACAUUUUAGAAUUUUUGGAUAAUAUUAUUUUUCAUGACAUGACGUCAGUGUUCAAGGUCAUUGGUGUGGAUAGCAAUCUAAAAUUGAAAGUGUCUGAAUACAAAGAGCCUAGUGUUAACUAGCUGAUACCCGCGAUUUUGUGUGCUUAAAAAAAUAGCCACGAUUCUGGUUUUCACAUUCCUUCUAUAUAAAAUUUCAUCAAAUCUGCUGAGCUGUUUAAACAUAUCUACUAUUUGAAAUACGAGAAUAAUAUCUACCUGUUAUCUACUGUUGACUCGAUUUUGAUAAGUUUUUAUAGUGUUUAGUAAAAAUGUCGAAACUAACAUUCAUUUUUGAACCGUAACUAACAGGAAAGUAUAGUACAAAUGUAAUCGUCAUGUUUAAAGCUUUUUAAUUGCACUUAUUUUUGUUUUUGCAUACAAAAUCGCGAGUUUCCAGUAAAAAAUAUUAACAUUAGUAUUAUAAUAUCGUUUUCAAUACAGUUUUAAUAAUUUAAGUUUAAACGUACCUUCUUGUGUUUUUAAUAUAGAUAUGCUAGGUUCGAAUAAGCGGAAAUAAAUUUGUAGAUGAAUUGAGUCUCAUAAGUGAACUGAAAAUUAAGUAUAUAAUAUAUAAAAGGCAUACGUGAUUUACGUCCGGGAUUCUAUUCCCGGUGGGCACAGAAAUCGAUCUUAAAUUUAUAAAUAAACGUUGAAGUGUUGCUUUUUGCUCUAUUGGUUAUGGGACUAACUAAUUAAUAUCUGUAAAAAGGAAAUUAACUUGUUUCGGAAAUGUCAGCUAUAAUAAUAAUAGAAAAGAAAUAACAGAUAAUAGUGCAUUGUCUGCGAGUGUUUAUUAUCUGUGAAAGGAAGAUGAGUUGCCAUGUGUCAAAAUUGUAAUUCAGUUCACGUGUAAUAUAAGCAUAGAAAUAGUUUAGCGUAGUGAUAGCUUUUAUAAUAAACGGCACAAAACGGGUGCUGGACGCUUAUUUUGUUUAACCCCAAUACAAAUAUAAGAGUGACUUAAUAUUUAUGGAUUUGAGCUAUGGUUUCCUAGAAAGUGGUGAUGAUUAAGAAACACCAGAAGACGAAAAAAAGAAUUUGGGGGAGUGUCAUGUUCAAAAACCGUGAUAGUUUCAAAUUUUAGAGAUAUUGUUAUAAAGCUUCAUGAUUUUUAAUAAAAUCAAUUAAUUGUUCAUCAUUUUCUCUCGUCCAAGUCACGUUUCCACUCUUAUAUUAAUCAAAUAUGCGCACUGCUAUACGCUACAAACGUUGAACUACUGUUUACCUCCGCUAUGACGUCCAUCAUGCAAAAGACAGCACCGCUAUGACAUUCGUCAUGCAAAUGGCAGCACGGCUAUUUGACGUUACGGUGACACUCAACGCUCUCUAGGAAACCUACUCCGUUGUUAUUGACAACGUAUGAGAGGCGUCACCCAUCGCUAUAUUACGGCUGUUAGUUAACGGCACCGCUUUUCUAAGAAACCAUAGCUUUAAUAUCGAAAUUCCUAGAGAUGUUAUGUGAAAGUGAUAAAUGACAGUGACACAUGACAUUCUUUUGUGAUUCGACAGAUUUUAUGGCAUAUUUCAAGUGUUGGACUUGAGAUGCUGUUGAUUAUUGUUCAGUCCAAGUUUUAAAUUAUACUAUAUAAACAUCUCCUUUCAUGUUGGGUAUAAAAUAAUUUGAUAGAAAGAGAUGUCGCGAUGAUUCAGUAUUAGAUUAAUUUUUAGGGGCUUUUACAAAGUCUAUAUUUUGCUUCCUUGGAAUUCAAAAAUCUUUUGAUAAUAACAUAUUUCGAUUGAGUAGCUCUUGUAUUUGUAUUCGGGUAUUAACGUUAUUUUUCCGAACUGUCGCAAAGCUAGGAUUGGACAGAUGAAAAUAGUUUUUCUGUUAUUUCCAUUUGUAAUUUGAUGUUAGUGUAUACCUGUCAUAUUAGAAAUAAAUUUGUGAUCAUUG